UAAUAAUACGUAGAUUAUAUAUAUUAAAAAUUAAGCAGUGAAAAUAUAAUUAAAAUGAAUUUUUAUUAGUGUAAUCAUAACACAUGUGCAUAAAUAUCAAGACGUAAUGUGUAUAUAUGUUAAAUGCAAAUUCAUGCAAUAGGACAGUCGAGUGUGUGCAUACUAUUAUGCAUUUGCCUGAAUUUCCAAAACACUUUAGCGCUGAUAUGGUGAAUCUAGCGGAAGACAACGAUGUUGUGUUAAGUUACCACAAUUAUGUGGUAAGAUCAUCUGAUGUUGCACUAUUGGAGAAAGAUGACACAUGGCUCAAUGAUAUCAUAAUAGGGUUUUAUUUUGAAUAUUUGGAUCAACAAUAUAAAAAGGAUAAUAAGAGACAAUUAUUAUUUAUUGAUCCUGGAGUGACUCAAUUAUUAAAGAUGCAAGCUCCUUUACAGUAUAAUAUAUUUCUUGAUCCAAUUGAAGCAAUAACUUAUGAUUUUAUAUUUUUUCCUUUGAAUGAUUGCGAGGGAAAUGAGCCAGGUGGCUCACAUUGGAGUUUAUUGAUAUUUUCUCGUAAGGAUGAGAUGUGUUAUCAUUAUGAUUCAUCAAACAGUAUUAAUAGAUCUGUCGCAGAAAAAUUUGCUAGGAAUGUAAUCAAAUAUUUUCUUAAUAAGCGAGAAAGAAGAUACAUUGAAAUGGAUUGUCCACAACAAAAUAAUUGCUAUGAUUGUGGUUUAUUUGUUUUAUGUUUAGCAGAUUUAAUAUCCAAGUAUAUUCUAAAAGGUUUAAAAAUAAGUGAUUGUGAUUAUAGUAUAAUUACAGAAAUGGUCUCAAAGAAGCGUAUGGAGUUAUUAGGAUUGAUUAUGGAUUUAAGAAAUAUACAUGAUAAUGAAUAACAGAAUUGUGCUAUUAAUAUUUAAAGUAUA